AUGGAGUUUCACGUAGCUGCCGCAGCAAAGAUGUUCAGGAAGCCCAUGAAGAGCUUUGGCCUGAGUUCCAUCAGCAUUGGCACAGGUUUGCUUGAGGCCGAGCGGCAGUACGAGGUUGCGGUGGACAACGCGCACGCGGCCGAGGCAGCGACGUUCACUGGCUUUUGGUGCCUUUGUCAGUCCCAGUCCGCAUCCUUGGGAGCUGUCCCUGGCAAGAGCCGGACGCCCGCUGCUUACAUCGUUUCACAUCCGUUGACCGUGGACCGUGGGACACUGGUGGCUAGUGGCUCCAUGUCUCAGCCACGCCGCUACCGCCAUCAGAUGCCACGCAAAUGUGUCGGGAUGCAAGUGUUCAACUCUCGAAGGUACUACGACAUCCUGGAGGUGCCCCAAAAGGCCAAGAAGGACGAGAUCAAGGAAGCGUACAGGCGCCUUGCAAAGCGCUACCAUCCGGAUCGAAAUGUUGAUGAUCCGGAGGCCGAAACCCGUUUCAAGGAAAUCCAGGAAGCUCAUGCCACGCUGAGCGACUCCUGGAAGAAGGCUCUCUACGACCAGGAUCUCCAGUUCAGCAAGUUCGGAACCGGGGUCACACAAGAGGUCGAAAGAGAAAGGUGGACUGAGCAUUGGGAGAAGGAAACUCCGGAGGAGCGAGAAGCUCGAAAGGAACGGUAUCGGCGAUAUGCUGCCGGUGAGCGCAACGACUUGCCUCCAGACAAGAUGUAUUCAAGCUGGUGGCCGGCAACUGUGGUUUUCGUCGUUGGUGGCGUUUUCUACGUGUGCGUGAAGGCGCCUGAAUGGCAAGAAGGACAGCCGCACUUCUGCGACCCCAUGUUCGACGACAGAAGCGUGCCACUCGUCCGUGCCUUCCAUGACCCUGUGCGAAACCGAUGGGAACGGCUUCCCGAGGGCCAAGAUCCGCCAACGCCUCGACAGCUCUAUGCUUACUACGAGAAGAAGAAGCCGGAGCUCAUGGAUGAGGUGGACAUUCGGAUCCUUCCCAAGGCGGAUUGCAGGGUGUCUCGAAUAGACACCAGCUGCUACCACAGGGCAGGGCAAAUGUUUAGUCAAGUAAGAAGUUUCAGAAGGGUGUUCCCCUUUGGAACAGGUGAGUCUGACAGCCCGGAGCUGAGCACGGAAUGUGUUUUGUUAAGUUGCAUGUCUUAA